AUACCUACAUUAAGUAAAUAGUAUGUUUCUGUGAUACAGAAAUACAGACGAUAGAGUACAGAUUAAAACAGCCAAAACUGUGAAUUCAUUUUUCGUUGUCUGAAAUUUGUACGUGUGUCUGAUCUUUUUGUCAUUCAUCACUCGAAACCAUGAGCAGUUUAAGUUUGUUAAAAAAAGCUGUUCCCAGGAAUGUGUGCUUAUUAAAACAGAUUCGACCUCUACAUGUGUCAUCUGCACGGACCAAGUCGGUAGCCCCGCGAGAAUCGUUGAACUCCGACUAUGUUUUGGAUUUACAUUAUGAUUUUCAUUAUCGUGAUCAAAUACCAUUUACUGCAAAGGAUAAAAGGAAUAAUACUAUUGCAGACGUUGCUAUGGGAAUAGUUCUUGCAUAUGUUUUAUACAAAUGUUACUCUGAACCUGAACAUUUACUUGGAGAUUUUGAAUAUCCUGAUUCUUCGGAAUGGACUGAUGAAGAAUUGGGAGUACCACCAAUUGAAUAAUUAUAAAUCAUUUAAUUAAUUUAACGUAGUAUAAUACACAUAAUCCAGAAAAAAAAUUGUGAAUUAUCCAAAAAUAAAUAUUACAUUGCUUGUUA